AUGGUUGUUGAAUCGGAUAGUUCGAUCGACAUGCAUCCGAAAAUGGCUAAUGAGUUGCGUCUUGAUUCGGAAGAAGCACGUGAGGCUGCACGUACGGAUAUUGCACUUGAUCAAAAUGGUUCAGAGUUUCAAGCAACGGUUGAACAGCAUGGAAAAGAAAACAAGUGGAAAUUGGCUUUUCGACAACUUAUGUUUAUGAAGCGAAUGAAUAUGCAGUUUAAUGAUCGGACUAAAAAUGAGAUUGAGCUUAAACAGCAGAACAUGUCGCCAACGUCAUUGAUUUGCAGUGUGCCGUACUUUCAUACGUUCUCGGCUGAUGAAAUCAAGACUUUAGUUACAGCUAGUCGACGUGUCCGCUUACGUCCAGGCGAAACUCUGGGUCUAGGGGGUUCAAAUGUAAACUCGCAGCAGAAAGAGGACUUUUGUAUCGUCACGUGUGGUAACUUGGCCCUGUCAAAGGUAUCGAUUCCUCAUGCCAUCGCUUUACAGCAGGCAACGUUGUGUCCCCAACAGAGGCUUGGAAUCGGUGAUUACUUUUUACUGAAUGGAUCGUCAGACUCGAAAGUGAUUGCUAUGGAAUUAGCAGAGUACUUGACGAUACCCAUGAAGACUAUUCUGGAUCUUAACGCUGCAUGUGGUGCUGCUAUUAAAUCAGAGAAGAAUGACUUAGUUUUGGAAACAAGUGAGAUGGAGAGUUUUAAGAAGUGGGCGUUGCAGUUUAGUCUAAUUCGACAAAAAAGUGAAUAUCCUACUGCUGAGCCUGGAGGAUAUGCCAAUUGCUCUGUCAAAACCUUUUGCAAAGACCAUUUUUCGAAUAUAUCGCCAGAAAAUGAACUUGAUCAUACUUUGGAAUAUGUGAAAAAUGCUUUGACAUCGAUUUUCUCAGCUCGAAAAGUGAGGAUCUAUGCAUAUGAUGAUGUGAAUGAAAAACUUAUCAUUAAGUUUUCCGAUGAAAAAUUUUCAAAAAGAUAUGUCGAUAUCAAGACAAGCACCGGGCAGCAGAUUCUUGAACGGCGUGGACCAAUCUGGAUUGGAGACGCACUAGAGUUACUGAGCGACGAGAUUGAUAGCAAUGAUGUCGCGCGCGAAUUGUAUCGCUUUGACUCAGUCAUACUUGCAGCUCCAUUUUUUGAAUUUGCUUCCUUACAAACUAAUCGAGGAUCAACUGACAAUGCUAAGAUUGUUGGUGUGCUUGAAAUUGUACUUGAAGCAAGCGACCAUGAAGUUUCUUUGAGCUCUGCCACCAGCAACGACUUUUGCAUCUUAGAAUUUGUAACAGAAGAGCUUGGUAGAUAUCUGUAUUUUCAUUACGAGCGCUUCUUUGACGUCUCAUCACGAGGUCUAGCGCCACAAAUCUCGAGUUCCGCGACCGAAAGUAGCGAAUUCGGGAAUACAGAGCUGUUUCCAUCCCCACCUGAAGCUUUAAAAUCAAAAGAUGAUCGGCAACUUUUUCUCAAUAUCACGAGAGCGCAAUUAAAUGUACCCGAGAUCGCUUUGCUGGCGAAAGUAAGUAUCCAACAUGGGUCUACUAUAUUGUUUGAGACCAGCACGACUUUGCGAUACGAAUCGCAUCGUUUCUCAAACGAUGGCAAAACAUUGGCUCAAUCAACUCGCGAAGUCACGUUUGAUCCAAGUAGCGGGAUCGAGCUAGGACUCAAACUGAUCGAUAUGCCUCACGGUUCACACUUAAAACUUUCAUUUGUAACAAAAACGGGAGAAGUGAUAGCAUGGAGCGGGCUACACCUCUUUGAUUUUGGUCAUACUUUACGAACUGGAAUGAUGCUCGUGGAUAUCGUUUCGCCCCCUGCAUCAGGUAUAAUCACGCCCCUUGAUAUUGAGAACUGCUUGCAUCAUGAUAGCCUCAAUAAUCGUACUGUUGGAAGUAUGGAGAUUACGUUGGAGUGCUCUGGUUCGUAUUCUCAGAUGUUUGCAUUUUCAAGCUUAUCAAAGCCGAAAAAAAGUAUCGCGUUUCGAGCAUCCAUUUUUUAUAAGCCUGACAAUGAUCAAACGUCCGAAAUGCUUGAAGUUUUGUCGUUAGCAAGUAUGCCAACAGAUCGACAAAAGCUUUUAGAGCGACUGAUAAAAGAUCCGUUAGUAGAUUUGUCGGCCGAUGAUCGAACCUUCAUUUGGUCGUCCCGUUUAGUGCUGAAAAACGAUUCAGCACUGCUUCCAGCAUUUUUACUCUCUGUUGAGUGGGGUAAUCGAGAGCAGGUGCUCGAAACCUAUCGAAUGCUCUUGCUUUGGAAACAGCCAACCUACCUUCAGGCCCUCCAGCUACUAAGUCCACUUUAUUCAGAUCCAAAAGUUCGAGCUUACGCUGUGCGCUGCAUGCACGCGUUGCCCGAUCAUCGAUUACAGCUGUACCUUCUUCAGCUUGUUCAAGCGCUUAAAAAUGAACGAUACCACGAUUCAGCAUUAGCUCGGUUCUUACUCAUGCGUGCUCUCACUAAUCCUUCACAAAUUGGCUACUUGUUGUAUUGGUUUCUUAAAGCUGAAGCACAUAAUCCACAAACAGCCGAGCGGUUUAAUCUGAUCUCAGGCCAAUAUCUACAGCUAUGUGGGAGCUACAAGUUAGAAAUCCGUCAAUCGGUGUAUGUGAUGAAGAAACUCGAAGAAGUUGCUGCAUGUGUUAAGAGUGAAUCGUCCUCAUCUGGUCGGAAGGAGAAACUUUCUAAGGCACUGGAAGCUGUUGUCUUCCCUGACACAUUUCAACUUCCAUUACAGCCAAGAUCGUAUUGCACUCGCGUGAUUGUUGAGAAUUGUCGUGUAAUGGAAUCAAAAAAGCGUCCUCUUUUCUUACAAUUUGAAAGUGCCAAGGCUCAACAUGGUCGACCAUAUGUAAUUUUUAAAGCUGGCGACGAUCUUCGACAAGACCAACUUGUACUUCAGAUUCUUCGCGUGAUGGAUGAUUUAUGGCGAGAAGCUGGUCUAGACCUUUGUCUUCUACCAUACGCUUGUAUCUCAACAGGUGAUGAGAUUGGCAUGAUUGAAGUGGUGGGUGAUUCCGAGACACUAGCGAGCAUCAUUUAUGCUCGACAUGCGAAUGCUCGAACAAAACUUAGUCGCAAACUUAGUUCUGCGAAAGACGCUUUAUUGAAAGAUGGUGUACUUUCAAGUUGGUUGUUUCAAAAGGAUAAAGGAAAAGCUACUUCUAGUCAAGAAUCUUUCGAUUCGACUUUAUUACCUCCUUCCGAAUUGAACAGUCCAAUGAAAGAAGAAACGCGUUCAAAAUCUGUUUCAUCUUGUUUUCCAAUCUCUCCACGUCGACGCAAAACAUCGCUAUCUGUUCGAGGUUUGGAAAUCACGCAAAACUUUGUGCGUUCUUGUGCUGGAUAUUGCGUAGCUACUUAUGUUUUGGGGAUUGGCGAUCGCCAUAACGAUAAUCUCAUGUUACAACGUUCAGGGAAGUUCUUUCAUAUUGAUUUUGGGCAUUUUCUGGGGAAUUUUAAGUCAAAAUUAGGGGUCAAAAGAGAACGUGCCCCAUUUGUUUUUACUCCAUCGAUGCUUGACAUAAUGGGAGGAAAAAAAAGUGAAAAUUAUCAACAUUUUCAACAUUAUGCUUGUGAAGCUUUUCAAGUCUUGCGAACAAACUCGAAUCUUCUCAUUACGUUGCUGGUUCUUGCACUUACGUGUGGUAUUCCAGAACUUUACAAUGUCGAUUGCAUCAAAUGGGUACACAAGACUUUAAUGCUCGAUUUACGUGACGAUGAAGCUCGUGAUGCUUUCAAGAAACUUAUUCAUGUAGCAUUACACACUACGGCUACCAAAUUAAAUGAUGCUGUGCAUCUCAUGGCGCAUUGA